ACAAACCACAGCGCUCAGAAUAAGUUUCCACCUCUGACAGAACAACACACCAUGCCUUUGUUUAAUCCUCAUCCUAGCGAUGAACUGAAAACCAUCAGAAUUAACCGGCACACUUCCACCGCUUUCUCAUCGGUAACCGUCAAAGAAAGAACAGAACCAAAAUAAUGAACGUUCCUCAUCACAGAUGCAUCGAUAGCAUCUUAUGUUCUCGGUUGAAAUCUUGAAAGUAAUCUUAAGUACAAGGCCAUAGAAAGGAAGAUCAAGUCUAAGAUUGAAAUUACUGGAAAGUUUCUCUAUCGCAAACAAGUACAACAUGGACCCCCCUUCAACCGCCUCAAACCACACCACGGAGGAAUUUCUGACUUUCCAGUACCGUCUUUUCACACCAGUGUACACCCUGGUGUUGGUUUUCGGGUUGCUUGGAAAUCUGGGAGCUUUGUAUUACUUCGUAUGUAAAAUAAAACAGAAGUCUCCCUCCAACGUGUACAUCAUUAACCUGGCCGUGGCCGACACGCUCUUUCUGUGCACCUUGCCGUUUCGCAUCCACUACCACGUCAACGACAGCGUAUGGGUGUUUAAAGACGCCAUGUGCCGCAUCACAGGCACAAUUCACUUCGCCAACAUCUACAUCAGCUUCACCUUCAUGACCUGCAUCUGCGUGGACCGCUACAUCGCCACCGUGCACCCUCAUACCUACCUGCAGCUUCGCAACAAAGCUCUCUCCACAAAGGUGAGCGCCGGCGUUUGGUUGAUCUCCGGGGCGUUCAUGUUGGCAGUCAUGCUGGAGUGCCCGGGGGUCACUGAAGAUAUGAGGUGCUUCGAGAACUUUACUUCAGAACAGUGGGAGCACUUGGCACCAUACAGCACAGUAAGUCUCAUUUUUGGAUCUCUCCUUCCCUCCGUGGUCAUACUGGUGUGUUACCCCAUCGUGGCACGCAGAAUCGCCCGGAUUAACAACUGCACCGCCCGUGGGGCACGGAGGGUCAUCUAUGCGAUCCUGGCCAUCACGGUUCUCUGUUUCCUCCCUUAUCAUAUUGUGCAUUUAGUGUAUCUAGUGUCACGCACUGUAUUGCUCACGGAGAAGUUCUGGAUCGCCCGGAGGGUCACCAUGGCUCUGAUCAGCCUCAACAGCCUCCUGGACCCGCUGUUGUAUUAUUUUGCAACUGGACACUACAGGUGGAGACUCAAAAGAGUGAGGUUUAAGAAGAAAAAGGGAGUGUAUUCAAUUUCGAAUGAUCUUUGAAG